AUGGAAGGUACGUUCCUUGUGAACUCCUUCCCCACUCGUAUCUCUUUGAUUCAGGAGUUCCACAGCCGUAAUGGAAGACUUCAGUUAGUUAUACAUCCCCUAGACAUUCUUUUGUCAGUUUCUAUUCCUUUAGGAGAUGCAUCCCUAUUAGAGAGCAUUUGUAGGAGAUAUGUUAUCGGCUUAGAUGAGUCUAAGUUCAUAGUCGAUUUGAUCAUCCUGUGUAUGUCUGAAUUCGAUGUGAUUCUUGAUAUAAAUUGGUUAUCUUCCUACCACAUCAGUAUCGACUGUUUUGCGAAAAUAGUUAGUUUGCUAGCGUCCGAUAUGACCGAAUUAGUUGUAGCAACCUCACAAGGCAACCCGUUUACGGAGUCAUUUCUGGCAUAUGACAAGGAGGUGUUGUUUCGAGAUCAGGGUGCAGAUUUGAGCGAGACUAGAGUCAUCUCAGAGUAUCAAAAUGUUUUUCGAGAUACACAUGGAUUGCCUCCAGUGAGAGAGGUUGAGUUUUGCAUCGAGCUGCAGUCGGACACAUCACCGAUCUCCCGUGCACCUUAG